AAACAUCAGGAUAAUUGCUCCGUUACCAAAGUGCCGGUAUAGGGCACACGUACCUAAAGUAUGGGGUAUACAUUACAUGCGUUUCCCAAAUCCACCCCCGCAACAUUGGACUACGCGGAACAUUCCGCCCAUCACUCCUCAUUAGGUAUUAGGGAAUCUAGCUGCAGGUUGUGGGGAUCGGUAUUUAAUCUUUGUUGGAUCUGAGGGGUAUCUAUUCAGAAACAGAUAAACGCCGAUCCUAGAAUGUCUACUACUCUGCUAGUCAAAUCCUGAGCGGAUCUGGUCUUCCCAAUUAUGUACGAAUUAUUUCACAACCAGUACCUCAGAAUUCAGUUCAAUACCAUGGCACCAAAGGUUGUAACAGAGAGCUUAAUUUGGUACACGAGUCUCGAGCUCGAAUUGAGUCUUUAGCUACCUAGAUAUCUACGCCAUACAUAUAUCGUAUGAAGAGGUUUACUUCGUCCCUUUUUAUGAAAGGUAAUGGUUCAGUUUCGUAUUCGAAACUCUUGGAGCUAGGACUUAGAUACCUAAAGCCGAGAAUCGGAAUCACAUCCGACCAUACCGGUCAUUCGCAGCAUUGACUAUGAAGUCUCCCUUUCUAAUCCACUCUGUAGACCUUUCCUUAGUUGUCACGAUCCUCAUUUUCAAGCUCCAAACACCACAUACAAAAUUUAUAACAGAUUGAAAUGUCAUUCAAAUUACGAAAUGCGACCCCCUCAGACAUCCCAACCAUCAUAGAUGUAUUUUUUGAUACAUUUGGUGAUCACCCAGUCACCCAGCUAGUUUUCAGAUCGCGGCGGGAAGACGUUCAAAAAUUCUUCGUGGGCUCCCCAGAGGACAAGCCAGAUCCAAGCACGCACUUCUUAGUCUUAACCGAUCCCAACGCCGCAGACCCAGACAAACCUUUCGCAUUUUGUAAAUGGUUUGAGCGGCCCAAACCAGCGGGAAAUCCGAGCCCACCGCCAAGCUGGCCGGAAGAUGCUGAUCAAGCAUGUGUGGAGGAAUGUUUCGGGACGAUAGAGAAGAAGCACAAAGAGAUUAUGGGAGACCGUCCGCAUUGGUAUUUGGAUAUCCUUGGUGUAUUAAGUGAAUAUCAAGGGAAAGGUGCAGGAAAGCAGCUAUUACGAUGGGGUGUUGAAAAAGCAGAUGAUGAGAAAAUCGAGGCAUUUGUGGUUUCUAGUCCGGCUGGGGCGCCUCUUUAUGCGAAAUAUGGAUUCGAAACUCUACAGACGGCUCUUGUAGGUAAUGGGACUCGUCUGGAGAGUUUUAUGAGGCGGCCGAUCACAACAUCUUAGAUUCAAUUACAAUACUGACAUCAUUCGUGAGAAAAUUUUAGAAUGGCAGCAUCUGUGUACGUUUAUUUGCUACAUAGAUAUAGGUA